AGGAUUUAUAGUUGGGGGAAAACUGAAAGUACCACCAAACUCCGAACUCAAAAACUCAAAAGAAACUCAGACUCAAAACUGUCGCUUUGAGUUUUGUUUGCUGUGAUUUCAUUCUCCAUGGCGGCCUCAAAGCUCGCGAUACUGUCAAUUUUUCUAGCCCUAAUUUUCUCUCAGAUUAGGGCUGAUGUUUCAGUGCAAGGAGAAGAAGACGCGCCACUGAAGCCCGUCCGAUCGGACGGCCCUGAUUCGUCCGCUCUGAAGAUCGAGUUGGAUAAGCUCAAGUCUAAGAUCCACACCCUUGAAUUCGAUGUGGAUGCGAAGAUUAAAGAACUCAAAAAGAAGAAUGAGAUAAUAGAACAGAAGGAGAAAAUCAUUCAAGAGAACUCGAAUAGCAUUUCUUCUUUGCAGAGUGAAAUCGAGUCUCUCCAGAAAAAAGGGUCAUUAGAUGCUGAGAAGCAGGUUGGAAAGGCUCAUGCACGUGCUGGUGAAUUAGAGAAGAAGGUUGCUGAACUUAAAAAGGAAUUAGAAUCGCAACAUAAAGAGAAAGAGGCCUUGGAAGCCCGGGCAAAAAACGCCGAGACGAAGAUUGAUGUUUUGAUCUUAAAAAUAGAAAAUAUUGAGAAGAUUAGUGAUGACCAAAAGACCAAAAUCCGUAAAACUGAGCGCGCUCUUAAAGUUGCUGAGGAAGAAAUGUUGAAGGCAAAGUUUGAAGCUACUUCAAAAGCAAAAGAGUUAAAGGAGGUAGUUCAUGGUGCAUGGCUUCCACCGUGGCUUGCUGUACAUUUAAUCCAUUGUCAGUCCCUUGUAGAGACACAUUGGAAUGAGCAUGGCAAACCUGCAGUGGAUAUUGCGGUUCAGAAGGCCCUGGAGAAAAAAGCCCAAGCUGAAAAGUGGGCUGAACCCCAUGUGGAAACAUUUAAAACUAAAUGGAUCCCAGCAAUCAAGGAACAGUGGGUGGUGGUGAAAGAAUCUGUUGAACCUCAUGUGAAAUCGUUAAGUACGAAAACUGUUGAAGUUUAUGAGACGUCAAAGAGUACAUUAGCUCCACAUGUUCUAACAGCACAAGAAGUUGUUGAUCCUUAUUUUCAGGAAGCAAAAAAGUUCAGCAAGCCAUAUGUUGAUCAAGUGGCGACUGUAGCAAAACCUCAUGUUGACAAAGUUCGAGUGGUAUUGAAGCCCUAUACAAAGAAGGCAGUUCAUGCCUACGAGAAGUUUCUCAAAUCUGCGUCAACAUACCAUCAUCAGGUUCAAGCCAAAGUAAAAGAUUUGCUGAAGAGGCAUGAGCUGACAAGAGCCCUUGCUACAAAGGAGUUGGAGUGGUUUGCGGCCUCUGCUUUGUUGGCCCUACCCAUCAUAUUUCUGUUCAGAAUUUUCUCCUCGCUUUUCUGUACAAAGUCUAAGAAACCUGUUCGAAGUACCAACCAUACACGUCGUAAGCCUAAAAGGGUUCAUCCGGACAAGUAGACUGCUGCCAGUUUGUUCACAAGUCUUUCUCUUUUUUAUGAUUGGAUGGUUGGUUUGUGCUUGUUGCAAGGGCAUUUCGAGGCGAUAUAUUCGUGAUCAGAUGCAGCCACGGCGGUGUUCAAAUCUCUUGCUUAAGUUUUAGAAACUGUGAUACACACGAGUUAGACAUUCAGAUAAGUCUAGGAGUUCAUAUGGUGUGGGCAGCUUUUAAUUAUGUCGUUCCAAGGUGUAUUCUAGUUUAUUUUUUAUUCAUACGAAGUUCAGAGUCUAGAUGAUUGUCGUGUGCCCCUCUUUUCGUUAUUAAAAUUAUAACUUUUUUGUUCUAAUUUUUUGUUUAAAAUUUAUAAUUUUUCAA